GCACGUUGUCUGUAGCCUCUACCGCCAGCUUGCCGCCUGCUCGUGGCUGGAGGACCCGGCCUGGCCAUGAAUGCCCACCUGGCCAUGCCGCCCUACCUGCCCUACCCAGGUGCGGUCAGGUAUGGGGACUACUACUGGCUUUCUCCAGGGAGCAUGGACAGCAUGCCCGCCGAGGAGGCUCCGCCGGCUGACGCCCUCCCUUUCCCUGCGGUGGAGAAGACGCCCAGCCACCCAGACAUCUCUCCGGCUUCCUCCAGCUCUGGGACCCUCAUCCAAUACACCCCCGACUCUGCCACUAGCCCCACCACAGACCGCCCAUCCCCCCAUCCCUCUUCCCAGAAGGUCAAGGAGGAAGGUGAAGGUGUGGUGAAGAAGGCCAAGAGCCGCACAGCAUUCUCCCAGGAGCAGCUACAAAUCCUGCACCAGCGGUUCCAGAGCCAGAAGUACCUCAGCCCUCAGCAGAUCCGGGAGCUUGCUGCUGCCCUAGGGCUCACUUACAAGCAGGUGAAAACAUGGUUUCAGAAUCAACGGAUGAAAUAUAAACGUUGCCAGAAGGAGAGCCAGUGGGUGGAAAAAGGGGUGUAUCUACCACAGAAUGGGUUUCAUCAGGCUGCAUACCUGGAUAUAGCCCCCACAUUCCACCAGGGCUUCCCAGUCAGCACCAGCAGGAACCUUCAGGCUGUGACCAACAUGCAGCAGGCUUACAGCACUGGCCAGACUUAUGGGAAUGGGCAGAGCCUGUACUCAUUCAUGGCUGUGGAGGAUGAGGGGCUCUUUGGAAAAGGUGGGACAAGCUGCAAUACCCAGCAAGCCAUGGGUCUGUUAAGCCAGCAGAUGAACUUCUAUCAUGGCUACACUGCUGAUAUGGAUUAUGUCAACCUGCAGUCAGAAGAUACCUAUGGCUUCCAGAGCACCUCUGACAGUGUCACACAAUUCUCAAGCUCUCCUGUACGGCAUCAGUACCAGGCCCCUUGGCAUCCCCUGGGGACCCAGAGUGGUUAUGAAUCUUAGGCCUAAGUAUUAUUUUCUUCCUUUUGUUUCCUCUUAUGGGGUUUCUAGGGUCUUAACUCAAGGAUCCAGUUUGUAUUCCUUUUUUUUGCCCUUCCUCCCCUACUCCUGUUUAAGUCAUUGGCGGGGCUCACCACCCUGCUGCCUUGGGAUUGUUUUCUGUUUAAAGGCACCUGUCUGUCCAUAGCUAACCCUUGGCAAAGGUGUUUUGUGUGCAGAUAGGUGAAACUUCAUUCAUGGAGGGGAAUGUCCAAUGCCACAGUCAGGAACAGCAGAGGUGGUAAAGGUCUAUGUUGGCUGUCCAAGUUUCAUCUUCCUCUGCUGCCUCUUCACCAGGUGAUCUCUGAUCUGUUCCCUGUUAUGUCUUGCAGCAGAUCUUUGCUGGAGAAGAAAACCCAGCACUUCAGCAACUUUCCACCAGAAAUACGCUGCUGUAGCCCAGAAUCUUUCAUUCUGUCUUGCAUAUUUCUGUUGUUAUCUCAGUCAGCUGACUGCUAAUAGGUUGUUCAUCUGCAUCCUCUCUUCCUUCACUGAGAAGCUAUGAGUCAUCUGAUUUCAGAUUACUUGAUCCAGUUACUCCCAGCAGCUCCUCCUGGAGGGGUCAGCACCUGCCUACCCCUUGCUCACUGCCCUCCUGUGUACACAGGGCAGUUGAGAGGAAGUGAGGUGCAGAGGAAAGUGGAUUACUGCCCAUAUCUGACAUGGAAACUUUGUUUUCCAAAACUGUUAAAUUACUUGUGCCUGUCAGCUCAUUCAGGAUGGUGUCUCUGGGACCUAUCCC